AUGAAGCCGGAUAAAGUUACCUUUUCGGAGCGUCAGCGGUUGAGAAAAGCAGGCGAGCUCGAAGAGGAAGACGCGAAGCCGAUCUUUGGAAAUCGAAUGAAAUCCAAGGUGACGUUUUCAGAGCGGCAACGACAAAAGCUGAGACGGAAAAAGACGCUGGACGAGAUGGAAACGCUAGAGUGCGUGGAUGGCGAAUUCGGAUUUAGCUGGUCGGAAUACGCUUCGGAUUCGUCGUCCGAAGCGCCGACCCCCGCAGGUGGUUUGGAGAAGGUCGAGUUCGGCGAAGAGCUGCGAGAGGAAACUGGCGAGGCUGGCGAAGGGACGGUGGUGGGAACGGCGUGGAAGGCGAAUCGAGGUUUUCGAGUGCAGAUUCGCCUCGGGGGAGCGGCGAAGAAGCUUGUCAGCGGAGCCAUUGCCGGAGGAGUGUCACGCACAGUGGUGGCGCCGUUGGAGACGAUUCGCACGCAUCUGAUGGUGGGGAGCUCGGGGCACCGCACGAUCGUGGGCGUGUUCCGCUGGAUCAUGCAGAAGGAGGGGUGGCGCGGGCUGUUCCGCGGCAACGCCAUCAACGUCAUCCGCGUGGCUCCCGGCAAGGCCGUGGAGCUAUUCACGUACGACACUGUCAAGAAGCUGCUCACACCGCCGGACGGGGGCAAGCCCAUCAUUCCCAUCCCGCCCUCCUCCAUCGCCGGAUCGGCUGCUGGCGUGGCCGCCUGCUGUCUCAUGUACCCUCUCGAGCUCGUCAAGACGCGGCUGACCAUCCAGCCGGGCGAGUACCGCUCCAUCCUGCAUGCAUUCUACCGAAUCAUCACAGAGGAGGGCGCUCACGAGCUCUACCGCGGGCUGGGCCCCAGCCUGAUAGGCAUCGUGCCGUAUGCGGGCUCCAACUACUUUGCAUACGACACGCUGCGCACGCUCUACAAGAGGCUUGCAAAGAAGGAUAAGAUCGAGCCGCUGGCGACGCUCAUCAUUGGGUCGCUUGCUGGUGCCGCGGCUGCCUCGGCCACGUUCCCCUUGGAAGUGGCUCGGAAACAGAUGCAAGUGGGUGCGCUCAAGGGCCGUGUAGUGUACAAGGGGACAUUGGACUGCAUUCAGAGGAUCGUUCAGGAGCAGGGAAUUCAAGGGCUUUACAGGGGACUCGUGCCGUCGUGCGUCAAGCUAAUGCCUGCUGCCGGGAUAUCGUUCAUGUGCUAUGAAGCUCUGAAGCAUGUUUUUGUUGAAGACGAUAAGCCCUCUCUCCCCGCCGUCUGUCUGUGGAAUAGGGAUGGGGCAUCGCUGGAUUCGGAGAGCGUCACCCCACGCCGUCAACGGCUCGUACGCCCUCCUCUCCUCGCCUUGUUUGUAAGCGUCUCCUUUCCCUCAACCCCUCCCAUCUCCAUCCGAGCCCACCUCUUCCCCUCGCCCCUCCCUUCUCCUCACCUCCAAUCCCUCCUCUCUCCUUCUCUCUCCGUUCCGCCGCAACCAUUCAUAGCCUACCAUCGCCUACGCCCUGUAUUCUCCUCUCAGCCGUUCCACGCAAGCCGCCCCUCCCCCUCUCCAUCAUGCACUGCUGUCGUUCUCGUGCUCCUCGCCGUCCAGGUUGGCCGGGGGGGCCCCGCAUAUGAGGGUAUAUCACCAUUUCUCUCUUCCAUUCCCCCCUUCCCCUCCUCCUCCUCCCACUAUCCCAGGCUUGACUCUCCUCCCAACCCAGGAGUGGCGAUCUGGCGGGCCAAACCACACGAAACAAAAACCAGAGGAAAACACAACAGGGUGGGUGAGCAGCGGGCGGAGUGGGGGCCGGUGGGCGAGGAGAUGGCGGGCGCAUACCGAGCAGCACGUAUGCUCGGCACAUGGAAGCGUGGAACCACACGCAACACGAAGGCAAUGCUCCCCGCCAAGCGCUGCCUUGGUAGUGCCACUUGCCCCCCCCAUCCUGUCCAUGCAGGAGGUAAGGGGUGCCGGAUGUGA